AUGAAGAGGCUGCAGCAGCGCCGGAAGUCAUCUACCAGUCAGAUGGGCGACCUGGAGCAUGCUCUUCAAGUUUCCCCAACCGCUGGAAUGGGUGCCAGACCAGGGACACCGGGCUCAAACAACAAUCACUUUGUUGACAUCACAGAGCAGACUCUCGAGCUGCGCCAAAAGAGAGAGCAGCAGAAGAAGGACUUGCAAGGCUUGAAGAACUGGAACUCCAAGAGGGUCACCCGCUUGAGGUCGAAUACCGACGUCUCCGGGUCAACCGCUGCAACAAAGAUUCCACUUCAGGAUCUUCCGCUGGACCAGCAGGUGGAAAAGGAAGGCAAAGUUUUCGGCAGCCCCGAGGCCCUCAAGGAUGAAGUCCGAAGAGCCUUACAGAAGGAGGACUUCAGUGUCGCGCGACACUACAAGACACGCGGCUGUGCUCAGAAGAUUGCCAGAAGCCAGGCAUUUGAGAUCGCAACCCUCAUCCUCAUCGGGGCAAACUGCCUGUGGAUGUCGGUUGAUGCAGAUCUCAAUGAUGAAGCACUACUGCCGCAAGCACUGCCCAUUUUUCAGGUCGCUGAGAACCUCUUUUGCGUCCUGUUUUCGUUCGAGCUGCUGAUCAGAUUCCUGGCACUUAAGCACAAAAGGAAAUGUCUCAGAGACAUGUGGUUCAUGUUCGAUGCCUUGCUUGUGGCACUUAUGAUCGUUGAGACGUGGGGUGUGUAUGUUGUUUAUUUCAUCAAUGGCACCAGCGUGGGCAUUUUCCAGAAUGCAACAAUCCUUCGCAUUCUCCGGAUACUGAGGUUGCUGCGAACAGCUCGCAUGGCGAAAAUUUUGCGAACGAUGCCCGAGCUGAUGCUGCUUAUCAAAGGAAUUGUCGUCGCGACUCGAUCGGUUUUCUUCACGCUGGCACUUCUGGCAAUUAUCAUUUAUGUAUUUGCCAUCAUCUUCAUGCAGCUGGCACGAGAUACACCGCUCCCCAAAAUUCAGCCGUAUUUUGCAAGGUUCGAAGACUCCAUGCGCACCUUGCUGUUCGAGGCAGUCCUGCCAGAUUUGAACGGCUUCAUGAGUGACAUCAUGACCGGAGGAGUGGUCUUUGCCAGCGUGAUGAUGAUCUUUAUUCUGCUCGGCUCAGUAACAAUGAUGAAUAUGCUUGUGGGCGUUUUGGUGGAAGUCAUCAAAACUGUCUCCGAAAUUGAAAGAGAACAGCUUGAAGUCAGCUUCGUGAAAAAGAUAUUUUCUGAUAUGAUUACAAAGAUGAACUUGGAUGCGGAUGGCGAUAACCGGAUCUCGAAGGAUGAAUUCGACACACUCCUGUCAAAGCCAGAAGCUGCAAAAGCUUUGCUGAACAUUGGUGUUGACGUGGUGGGUCUUGUCGACUAUCGAGAGGUUCUGUUCGGCAAAGAGGGGGACAUGGAACUCUCCUUUGCAGAGUUCAUGGAAGCCAUCUUGGAAUUGCGAGGUACCAACAGCGCAAAAGUGAAAGACAUUGUCGACCUGCGAAAGUUUGUGGCACAGGAAACAGGGGCCAUUUAUGAGCUGGUUGCAGUGGCGACGCAUCAGGCAGAUGGCAGCAGCCGAUCAUCGUCGCGAGCCACGUCGCUUGCGGCCGAGGCAAGGAUUCAGGACGAAUGUUAG